CUGGAAGAGCCAAAUAUUCACCGCGAACAGCUCCAUUUCCAAACUCAAGACUCUUCAGAGAGGGAGAUUGAAGAUGACGGUUAAUGUUGGAAGAGAAAUAGUAGAUGGCGAACCGAGCCCUAGCCCCUAAAACCCAAAGCUUCAGAUUCAGAUCUACGUACUACGUGAUCUCUCCUUCUCCUUCUAGCUAAUUGACUCUGCUACUAAAUCAGAACCAGAUCGCAUCCAAUUUCUGCAACGCCGAUCUGAUCCUACGCAGAACCAGUGACCUCAUGGCAGGGGCAGUCUCGGCGCUGUUCCUCCUAGACAUCAAAGGCCGCGUUCUCAUCUGGCGCGACUAUCGUGGCGACGUCUCCGCCGUUCAAGCCGAGCGCUUCUUCACUAAGCUCAUCGAGAAAGAGGUUGAUCCGGAAUCCCAUGAUCCAGUUGUGCAUGAUAAUGGCGUAAGCUACUUGUUUAUACAGCAUAACAAUGUCUACUUGAUGACUGCGUCCAGGCAGAACUGCAAUGCCGCUAGUCUUCUCUUCUUUCUACACCGAAUAGUUGAUGUUUUCAAGCAUUACUUUGAAGAGUUAGAAGAGGAAUCACUUAGAGAUAACUUUGUGGUUGUGUAUGAGUUGCUUGAUGAGAUGAUGGACUUUGGUUACCCUCAGUAUACUGAAGCCAAGAUUCUCAGUGAAUUUAUCAAGACUGAUGCUUACAGGAUGGAAGUUACACAGAGACCUCCCAUGGCUGUAACAAAUGCGGUGUCUUGGCGCAGUGAAGGGAUACGCUACAAGAAGAAUGAGGUUUUCCUGGAUGUGGUGGAGAGUGUUAAUAUACUUGUCAACAGCAAUGGACAAAUCAUUAGGUCUGAUGUUGUUGGUGCGUUGAAGAUGAGAACUUAUUUGAGUGGUAUGCCAGAGUGUAAGCUGGGCUUAAAUGAUAGAGUUCUGUUGGAGGCACAAGGCCGAGCAACAAAGGGGAAGGCCAUUGAUUUGGAAGACAUCAAAUUUCAUCAGUGUGUGCGUUUGGCCCGGUUUGAAAAUGACCGGACAAUAUCCUUUGUACCACCUGAUGGAGCUUUUGAUCUCAUGACAUAUAGGCUGAGUACACAGGUUAAGCCUCUAAUUUGGGUUGAAGCUCAAAUUGAAAGGCAUUCGAAAAGUCGUAUUGAGAUUCUGGUAAAAGCCAGAAGUCAGUUCAAGGAGCGUAGCACUGCAACAAAUGUGGAGAUUGAGGUCCCUGUGUUAUCUGAUGCCACCAACCCUGAGGUUCGGACAUCAUUAGGAUCUGCAGCAUAUGCACCUGAAAGUGAUGCGCUUAUCUGGAAAAUAAGAUCUUUUCCUGGUGGCAAGGAGUAUAUGUUGAGAGCAGAGUUUCGUCUUCCAAGUAUAACAGCUGAAGAAGCAACUCCUGAGAGAAAAGCUCCUAUACGUGUGAAGUUCGAGAUACCAUAUUUUACCGUUUCUGGAAUACAGGUUCGUUACCUGAAGAUUAUUGAAAAAAGCGGAUACCAAGCUCUUCCAUGGGUGAGAUACAUAACCAUGGCUGGCGAGUAUGAAUUAAGGCUUAUAUAAAGUUGCCCCAUCCUCCGGAUUUGCGGAUGGUCUUGAAUGGUUCAAACUCAAAAACUGGUGGAUGCAUUAAAGACCCUCUUGGAAAACCAGUUGCCUGAGAUCUGUGGUUUGUUGAGAAUGGUUCUGUUGCUUCUGUCUCUGUAUAAUGAAUGUUCAUCUAACGAUGUUGUAAGUUGAUGGUUACCGGAAGGUAGAUUUGUUCUGUACGUUAAAUUGAGAAUUGGUUAUUGUGGUGGUGGAUUUUGGCUGUCAUAUUUUUUGUUUUUUCA